CUCCCAUAAGAGGAAUGUAAAUUUUGCAGCUCCCAACUAUUCUGCUCCUGUUUUGACCAGCCUUCUACCUGAAUAUUCAGAAGGGCUUGACAUGCCGUGGUUAAAGCAGAAUAGCAAGCUAAAGCACAAAUGUUAUAAGAUCUGUGAGACAGCUAAGGUUCAUUGAGGACUUGCUGACAGUUCAGAUGCUGCCCUGCAGUGAGGCUCUGAGUCACAGUCUUUGGGACAAGGUCUUGGCAAGGAUAUGGAACCCCAGGACAGCUGAACUCACCACCCUUCACUCUAAGCAGGGAUCCAGAAUGAGUCUGGCCUAGAAUCAGGCACUAGAGAACGCCUUCUUUGUUCAUGGAAAGAGCUAAAGAGAAGAGGAUUUCCAACAAACUGCAACAAACUUUCUACCACUCGAAAGAGCCUACCUUCCUUAUCAACCAAGCUGUCCGAUCUAGUGACUCCCACUCUAACCUUUUGCCAGAAGUACAGUUCAUCAAUCCUGCUGAAAAAAUAAAGACAAAUGCUCAGCAAAACAGACCUGGGACAGUGAUACUAUCAAAACGGUCAAGUAGAGUUAUGUCUGAAGGCCAGCCCCAGCCCCCUGUGAUACUGUCCCGUAGGCCUGGGCUCCACGUAUGCUACCUCUGUGGCCGAGAAUUUGGGUCCCAGUCACUUCCCAUUCAUGAGCCCCAGUGCUUGGAGAAGUGGCGUAUUGAAAACAGGAAGUUACCCAAGCACCUGAGAAGACCAGAACCCUCCAAACCACAGACCCUCAGUGGCAGUGGGGGCUAUAGUCUUCAGGCAGCCAAUGAGGCAGCAUUUAGGAAUUCCCAGGCUCAGCUGCUGCCCUGUGAAUCCUGUGGUCGCACAUUUUUUCCAGAUCGUUUCCUUGUUCACCAGAGAAGCUGUAAGCCGAAGGGUGAGGGUCCCAGAAUGCCAAACCCCAACAGUUCUGACAGUCUUACUGGUUUUAAGAAAGCUUCUAGUGGUAUCCCAGCCAGACCAAGAACUCUCAUCUGCUACAUUUGUGGUAGGGAAUUUGGCACACUGUCCCUUCCUAUUCAUGAGCCCAAAUGCCUGGAAAAGUGGAAAAUGGAAAAUGCCCGGCUCCCUAGGGAGCACCGCCAGCCCCUCCCACAGAAGCCCAAGACCCUUGCAACUGGACAGUCCAGCCGGGAGGGAUCAAGCCAAGAUCAUCUUGUGCCCUGUGCAAACUGUAGCCAGACCUUUGCCCCAGAUCACCUUCUGGUACACCAGAGGAGUUGCCAAGCUCAACCUCGUAUACCAAAAGUUCAGAAUUUGACCUUAAGAGGUAAAGGUGACCUAAAUGCUCCCACCGAUUCCAAGCAGCAAAAGAACAUGGCAAUACCCGGUGUAUCUGAUAAGGAGAUUCCAAGACAAUGAUUCUAAAAUCAAAGACUCAGACUAACAGAUGCUGGGUGAGUUUUCCUGUGAACAUUGAACUGAAAAGAAAAAAAAAAAAAAAAAAAACAACGCUAGUCUAUCUGCCUGAUGAAAACCCAAACUCUUAAGUGUGGCAUGGGCUUCAAGCUGGUCUCAUAAAUAUGAUCUGUUUUUCCCAUCUUCUGGCUGUUGCUUUUCUUCCAAAACGUGUGGGGUCUGGAAACAGAAAGUAAAAAGAUCUGUGUCUCAGGGCCACAAAUCAGAAAUGCCUUAGCAUUCUGACUCACAAACCCUGUCUUCUGAUUGUAUGCAUUUACCCAGUGUUCUUGUUAGAGAUCCAAAUAGAGGGAGAAGUGUACUGGGAUUCUUGUGCUUGUUGCUGUAGCACGUUUGUGCUCCAAGUGUGGGGCCAACAGGCUGAGCACAGCAUGUUCUUUCUCAGUCAAGACUGUGAAAAGAGGCUGAUGAUAACUUCCUGACUCACCCAGUCCUCUGGAGGAGAAAAUGUCAGAAGCAAAGGACAGCGGUGGCCCCCUCAGUGACCUGUGCACUCAGAUGAGAGCCAGGGAACCAAGAGGAGGUCGAGAUGCCGGCAGAGACCACCCAAGUCUCACUCUCAGGCCGGAACACCCCUGUCAGUGAGCACCUGGCACCCACACUGUCAGAUGUGCUUUGGGGGCUGCAGAGGCAUCAAUGGAGGACACAGAAAGGUCCUCCAACAUAGGGCCCUUUUCGUUUCCAGAUUAAAACUUUUCACUGCCAGAUCUAAAACAGGAUUGGUUAAUUAAAAUGGAAGCAAGUCUUAGGAUUCAAAAAAAAUCAUAAGCUCC